AUGGUCAACAGGAGCCACAGCCAGCCUCCAACCAUCCUGCAAACCCAGAACGACGGCACUGACGACGAUGCGCUGGGAGGGCACCGAAUUCUCUUCUUUUUGAAUCUUAAGUUGGAAUGUGUCGAGCUCCACGAUACGGGAGGCAGCAUCUACAACGGCGCCAAACAGCCCGUGUUCGAUGCAAUGAUUAACGGCGAUGAUCCCGACGAUCUAUGA